ACGUGUGUGAAACUGUGAAAGGUUAUUCAUGUUGUCAAAAAAUAGUAAAACCAGAAUUGUUUUUCGCAUUUUAAUAUAUAACAAAUAUUAAAAAAAUGGCAAAUAAUUUAAUUGAUGAAGUCGAAAUUAAAAAUGAAAUUGUAGAAGCCGAUACAAUGCAAAAUGAGCGAAUUAAAAAUGAAAUUCAAGAAGACAGCAGCAGUGUUAAAAUGGAAGAAAUACUAGAAAACAGCAGCGAUUUAAAAGAUGAAGAAAAUAAUGAAAAUGAUACAAUUAACAACGAAAAUGUUAAACUUGAAAGUGAAUUAAGUGGUGACACUGAAGAUCAACAAACAUUCCCAUGUAAUGUUUGUGACAAAACAUUUUCCAGGCAUUGGGGCUUAAUUCAACAUAAACGACUUCACCCUGGAGAAAAGCCAUAUUUUUGUGAUGUGUGUAACAAAACAUUUAAUAAGAAAAGUAAUUUAGUGAAACAUAAAUGUACACAUACUGAAGAAAAUUCAUUUUCAUGUGAUAAGUGUGACAAAACAUUCAACAGAAAAAACAGUUUGAUUAAACACAAAAUGAUACAUUCUGGGAGUAAACCAUUUUCAUGUGACAUUUGUAAUAAAACAUUUAACAGACAUUGGAGUUUAGUUCAACACAAGCGAAAUCACACUGGAGAAAAAUUAUUUUCUUGUGACAUAUGUAAUAAAAAAUUUGUUACUAGUACUCAUUUAAUUGAACAUAAACGGACUCAUACGGGAGAAAAACCAUUUUUAUGUGAAUUGUGUAAUGCAACUUUUCAUCGUAAAAGUAUUUUAGUUAAACAUAAAAUGUCACAUACUGGUGAAAAACCAUUUUCAUGUAAUGAAUGUCAAAAAACAUUUACUAGGCAUUGGAGUUUACUUGAACAUAAACGGAUACAUACUGGUGAGAAACCAUAUUUAUGUGAUAUUUGUAGUAAAUCCUUUACUAAUAAAAGCCAUUUAGUUGGGCAUAAAAAGACUCAUACUAAAGAAAAAUUAUUUUCGUGUGACAUUUGUAAGAAAAAAUUUAAUAGGCAUAGUAGUUUAAUUAGACAUGAAGAAGUUCAUACUGGAGUUAAACCAUUUUCGUGUGACAUUUGUAACAAAUCAUUUACCAGACAAAGUAGUUUAGAUGAACAUAAACGGAUACAUAGUGGAGGAAAGCCGUUUUUAUGUGAUGUUUGUAGUAAAACAUUCAAUCAAUUAGGCCAUUUAGUGGAUCAUAAAAGGACUCACACCGGAGAAAAACCAUUUUCAUGUGAUAUGUGUGAUAAAACAUUUAAUAGAAAAAGUAGUUUAAUUAAACAUAAAUCGCUUCACACCGGAGGAAAAACAUUUUCACAUAAUAAAUCAAGUGAACAAGAGAAAGAGGAUUCCUUGCCAGUUAUUUACGGGAAUAUUAAAGUUGAAAAACAAUUAAAUACAGAAGCGAUUGCUAAAAUAGAAGAAAGUGUACCAGAAGUCAUCAUUAAAGACGAAGAUUGUGUUAAACUUCAAGAAGCACAAAUUAAAGAUGAAAUAUUGGAAGAAAGCAACAGCGAUAGCAUGGAAGAGAUACCAGAUAACAAAAGUGAUAUUAGUUGGGAACCUGAACCAAAUCAUGAAAAUGGGAACAAAUUAAAUACAGAAAUAUUAUCAAUUAAAGAUGAAAUAUUAGAUCCGAGUGUUUUAGAACCACAAAUUCAAAUUACCGAUAAACCAUUUGUAUCUCCAAAAUUAAAAAGAAAAGGUUCAAUCAAACAUAAACGGACUUGUACGGAAGAAAAAUCAUUUUUAUGUGAUAUUUGUAGUAAAGCAUUUACGAGCCGAAGUCAUUUAAAUGAACAUAGCAGGACUCAUACGGGGGAGAAACCAUAUUUAUGUGAUAUUUGUAGCAAAUCAUUUACCCACGGGAGUAGUUUAGUUAAACAUAAAAGAUCGCACACGGGGGAGAGACCAUUUUUAUGUGAUAUGUGUAAUAAAACAUUUAAUUGUAAAAGUAGUUUGGUUCAACAUAAACGGAUCCAUACUGGAGAAAAACCGUAUUUAUGUGAUAUUUGUUGUAAAUCUUUUAACCAUCAAAGUCAUUUAGUUGAACAUAAAAGGACUCAUAGCGGAGAAAAACCAUUUUUAUGUGAUGUUUGUAGUAAAUCAUUUACCCACGGGAGCACUUUAACUAAACAUAAACUGAUUCACAGUGUAAAUAAACCAUUUUCCUGUGAUACUUGUAAUAAAACAUUUUGUCUUAGUAGGCAAUUAGUUGAACAUAAACGGAGUCACACUGGCGAAAAACCAUUUUCUUGUGAUAUCUGUAAUCAAACGUUCAAUAGACAAAAUAGUUUAAAUUCACACAAACGUCUCCAUACUGGUGAAAAACCAUUUUCAUGUGAGACUUGUAGCAGAACAUUUAAUAAGAAAAGUAAUUUAAAUAAACAUAAAUUGAUUCACAGCGGUAUAAAACCAUUUUCAUGUGACAUUUGUAGUAAAUCAUUUUCAGAUAAAAGUAAUUUAAGUAAACAUAAACGGGGUCACAUUAAAACUGAGGUCACACGAGCUCAAUCGAUUUUAACACACGUUUUUUCAACAGCACGUUUGUUAGACAUGCAUAAUGAAUAA